UGGUCGGGUUCGAUUGCUCGCCGUCUUUUUUUGUACGUCAUAACGAGUGAAAGGAUAUUAUAGCGUGUGUGUGUAUGUUAUUAAUUUAUUAUUGUUGCUUGUUGGAGGAUAAAAAUUAAAAAAAAAAAAAUAAUAUUAUUCGGUUUCGAAUUUAUAAUGUUUUCUUUAACGCGUGUCUAAUCGAGUGUUACGUUUGAGUAUGUACGUAAAAAAAUAAUAAUUAUCGAGAUACAUUAAUGAACGUUGCCCUCGGGUUAUUUGUACUCCAUCCUUGACUCUUGACCACUUCCGUUGCGUGUGCGCUUCCCGCCGUUUUUUUUUUUUCAUUUUUUGUCGUACUGUAUGUCAUUGUCCAUUGUUGUGUCGGCGGCACAUCAUUGUGCUCUGCGACUGUUGUAAAAUCCACUUGUCGCCGUUACUGCCACAGCCACUACAACAUCUACUUUUAUUUCAACAAUCAUUACUAAUUUUACAAUUUUGGGCAUUGAUCUUUGCAGCCAUGUACUCGCAAAUCAACACACUAUUCAGUCAGGUUCAAUUCAACCACAUUUACGUGGAGGGCAGUAUACUCCUUGUACUUUUGUGGAUAUUAUUUAAAAAAACGGCAAGUUCUUCAAAUGCAAAAAAGACCGAACCAUCAGAAAACCCGGAUAUUGAACAAAAGAUACAAUUGUGGACUCCAAAACCCAUGGUAAAUACAACUUCCCCAUCUGCAUUGCCAAUGGAAAAUUAUAUCAUUGAUGGAAAGACUGAACAUUAUAUCACAAUUAAUGGCAGAUCGUGUAUAAAUUUCGCCACCCACAACUAUUUUAAUUUUAUUAGCGAAAAGUUUAUUGAAAACAAUGUAGUAGAUGCGGUGAACAAAUAUGGUAUUGGUUCUUGUGGACCCAGGGCAUUUUACGGCACAUUUGAUAUACACAUUGAACUGGAAGAAAAGAUCGCUAAAUUUAUGGGAAUGGAAGAAGCCGUUAUAUACUCGUACGGGUUCUCCACAGUGACCAGCGCUAUUCAAGCAUACGUUAAGUCUAGGGACAUUGUAUACGUGGAUGAAGAAGUGAACUUUGCAAUACAAAAAGGUCUACAAUCUUCUAAAGCUGAACUGGUGUACUUCAAACACAAUUGCCCAGAAGACUUGGAACGAUUAAUCAUGGAGAACAAUUCAACAAAGAGAAGAAGAAACAGAAGAGCAUUUCUAAUUGUUGAAGGAAUUUAUAUGAACACCGGGAAUAUUUGCAACUUGCCAAAAUUUAUUGAAAUUCGAAUAAAACAUAAAAUCCGUAUAUUCAUUGAUGAAACCAUAUCAUUCGGCAUUCUUGGCGAAAAAGGUCGAGGGAUUACUGAACACUUCAAUAUCCCGAAAGACGAAGUUGACUUGAUCAUUGGAAGUUUAGAAACAGCGUUGUCGUCAGUUGGUGGUUUUUGUGUAGGUUCAACAUUUGUUGUCGAACAUCAGAGGCUGUCUGGUCUUGGUUACUGUUUUUCUGCAUCGCUACCACCACUACUAUCAGCGGCCGCCAUCAAUGCUUUGGAUCAGAUUGAAAAACAUCCCGAAAUGUUGUUAAAACUUCGAGAAAUAAGCUCAAGUCUACAUAACAGAUUUUACAAUAGUCAACUGACCAAAUAUCUUACUCUUGGUUCUGAUGAAUUUAGUCCACUCAAACAUUUGUACCUAAUAGAUAAGUCUCUAUUGCACGCAGAACAACAGAAAAUAUUGAAAAAAAUUGUUGAUUACUGUAUAUCAGAUGGAGUUGCAAUAACGACGGCAGCGUAUUUGAGUGAUCGUGAAUACAAGAUUCCUACUCCCAGCAUCAGGCUUCUCAUAAGUAUUAAAAUAACAGAUGAAGAAAUCGACUUACUUAUAGUUACACUGUUGCAUGCGGUUAGUGUUUCGAUCAUUUAAAUUGUAUAACAAAACAAUACGGUUUGUUGCUUGGUGCUCAACAUACAUAAUAGCUGCUAGUUCCUGCCUACUUGAAUAUUGUGAAAUAAUACCAAGUUACAAAACGUACGUUUUAAAUUGUACUUAAUAUUUAUGUGAAUUUUCUUAAUGUACCACAUACCUAAAACGACAAUUUUAAAUUGUUUAAAAAAUAAUUUCU